AUUCCGCGAUGAGUAGUUUGUCGUAAAGCGAAAGGAGUACAUUUUCGGAACGAAAAAUCGGGAAAACAAGCGUGAAAAUAUAAAAUCUGGUGUUGGAAAUCCGUUCCGCAACCGGAGAACAUUCGGUACAGUGCAGUGGAGUAGGUAAAUCGAGCGGAUUUUCCGAAAGUGUCCACGACGACGUCUGGCUGCUUUGAGCUGUGACAUUUUGUGCAGCUAUAACCUAUAUUUUUCUGCUGCUGCUGGCUCCUGGCAAGAAACCAUCAUCAUCAUCAGCAAGCACCAGCACCGAGUGUCAAAUAAUAAUCUCGAAAGUGCACUGCUAGAUGUGGUGCGUGUACAAAUUGGAAGAGAAUUUCCUGUAAUUGAUGAUUCAAUGCGCGAUGUAGACAUGGGCCCGUCGGAGUUUUGAACAAGAGGAAGAGCAGCGAAUAAUGCUUCUUUUGGUGUGACGUACAAUUUCCCGAGACCGUAAAAAUGCAGAGUGGAGGAGGACCGUUACAACCGGGUCCGUCCGUAAUGCGAGGACUAGGGUCGGGAACACCGACCUCUUCACAGCAGCAGUCCGAUAUGCAGAAAAUGCAGUCUCAACCUCCGUUGAUGAAUCAGCAACAGUAUCAGCAGCAAAAUCUGUUUCGAAAUGCUGGUACGAACCAGAAUACGCGCCAGCCGCGUGCCAUGGUACCAGCCUACCAUAGUGCGUUCAUUGCGCCUGUAUUUCCCAUGCCCUAUAAUCCGAGGAUGAACCAGUGGGCUAACUAUGCCUCGAUGCCGGGAAUGCCCCCGUACUCGCAUCAGUACUAUGUGCCCCAGGGACAAUUCAUCUCCGGUCAGCAUCAACAGAAUCGACGUAAUCCGGGCGGUGAAAACAAUCUAGUUAAUGUAAAUAGCAACUAUUCCGGAACUCCUUCGAACGGAAGCACUAAUCAGCUUAAUCCGCUAACGACUAUUCCGCAGAUGCCGCAGGUUCAAAUGCCACCGGGGCAACCGAAUCAACAAUCGUCGCCGAUGACCGUAUCGCAUGAUCUUCUCGUGAUGCAACAAUUGCAUCCACCGCCGACCCAGCAUACGCCCCAAUCUGGGGUUCCUGGUGCCCCUGGCCAAGCGCCGAUAGAACAACAUCAGCCAAAUCCCGCUCAAGUCAAUGUCGGAGCACCGCAGCCCCAGCACACGAUGAUGCCACAAUUGCAGCUUGCUCCUCAUCUGACGGCCCCAGCGGCACCUCCGGCUUCUAAAGUUAACAAAAAGAAACAACGUGGCUCACGGGCAAUUCCAAUUAUUAAUCCAGACACGCAGGAAGAUCUGCUGGACAUAAUCUACAAUGAUUCGACGCCCCCGACGUCCUCGGCGACGCCAACAACAGUAGCGUCUACAAGCGGACCACCACCGCCACUACCAGCCGGAGCUGGAGCCGGAAAUUCUGCACCACCGCAAGCAAACUAUAGCACUAUUCCUCCAAAUGUACCCCAAGUUCCACUAAAUCCAGCAGCCGUAGAGUCCGAUUAUGAUAAUUAUCCGCCUCAUCCUCACCAGGGAACACCGGAAUUACCGGGCGGCAUGUUGAUACAUCAUCAAGCACCGCCCCAUCUGCAGCAUCCACCGCCGAAUCAUCCUCCACCACCAACACACGUGCAUCCCGGCCAGGGACAAAUGUUUGACAUGGGCCGAUCUCCGGCAGGGCAGCAGCCCCAUGAAAUCGUCUAUCCCGGUGCUGGUCCACUGAAGCCCGUCAAUCCUCCACCACCACAUCUUCCUCCACCGCCGCAUCAUACGAUGGUCUCGUCGGUUCCAACAGCUACAGCGGAAAUGACUACUGCUAGCGGAACACCGGUCGUUUCGGCCAAUGCCAAUGCGCCAUCGGUUGAAAUCAAACCCUAUCAGCAGAAGAAGAAAAAACCGGUCAGCGAACCGCCGGUGAUCAUUCAGCAGCCUCCGCCUUCGGUGCAACCUCAUCCACAGCUACAACUGCAACAGCAGCAGCAGCAGCUCCACCAUCAUCUUCACCACCACCAGCAGCAGCAGCAGCAACAUUCUCUUCCAGCUAACAUCAAUCAACCGCCACCUCCGACCGGAAUCAAUAUGGUCGACAUGAUGCCCAUUCCUUACGGUGGUGCUCCGGAGCGAUACCGUACUAUUUCGGAAAAAUCCAUCGCCGAGUCGACCCUAUCGACGGACGCGGAACCCUUUGUCUACACUGGUGCCAGCAGCAAUCAGCCGCCACCACGCGUAGAGGAAGUUCCUCUUCCGGUACCGGUGGUACCGGUAGUUAUACCGGAAGUACCUCCCCCCGCGGUAGUGCUACAGGAACAGCAGCAGCAGCAGCAGCAACCUCCCCAUCAGGAAGCAACGGUUUUGCCCAGCAAACCGGAAGUGGUGGAGGAAGUGGCGUCGGUACCAGUACCGGUACCGAUUCAAGUUCAAGUCCAAGUCCAAGCGAAACGACCAGUCGACACACUGAUGGCCGGAUUGGAGAAGCUUAGCGUAGAGGAUCAACCGGCGGCAACCGUCGGUCACACUAGCAACAAUAACAAUAGUAAGAAGAACAAGCAACAUAAGAAACGGGUCGAAGAAGCGCCUGCAAGUGAGACUAUCAGCAGCAAAGACCCUGGCAGUAGCAAAGCUCCUGCUAUAGUAGCAGCAACAACAGCAACAACAACAACGGUAGUGGUUGAACAGCAUAAACAACAAGAAGCAGUCGAUGAAACCGACCGGUCUGCUAUCGUCUCGGUGGAAGAACCUCAUCAGCAGCAGUCGUCAUCGUUAAUUAGUAAUUUAGUGGAACAUAAUACUAGUAAGUUAGAUAAUGAUAAUAUAAUUAAUAAUAAUAAUGUGGAUUGCACCAGUACUACGAUUACAACAAAUAACGAUAAUACUACUACUACGACAGACAACAACAACGUCGCAUCGUCGCCGAUGGAAAACAACGCUAAACAACAACAGCUCGAUUCCCGACAGCCCACGCCACCGAAGGCGGUGGACGUGGAGAACAACGUUCAGCAGCAGCAGCAUGAGCAACAACCCGAAUUUGACGACAACAAGAACGUGGUGGAAAGUAGCACGUCAGCCGUGAUAUCCGCGGAUCCUCUGCCACCACCACAACCCAAGGAAUCGACCCCGGAGGCGGUGGAACAACCGACAGAAGAAUCAACCCCGGCACCGGUAGCAGCUACCCUGAAAGCGCCGUUGAUUCCGAUCAAAAAGUCCCGCUCGCUCACGCUCAUCGAGUAUGAUGCGGACCAGUGGAGUCCGGAAAAUCCAACCGGCAAGAAAAAGUAUUCCCGGGAUCAGCUAAUGCAGCUUAAAAACACCGCCCCUGCUCGGGAGAAACCGAUCAAUCUGCCCAACAGUCUGGAGAACGUACUGGGUAGAUCCAGCCACGGUGGAGGACACUCGAUGGGAGGUGGUGGAAACCACUAUGGCAAGAGCAACUUUGCCGAAAUGUCCCUCCUGCCGACCUUCAUCAAGGAUCGAAUGGUUGGCGGAGGUGGUGGGGGUGGCGGCGGUGGCAACAUGGGUCAAAUGCGACAACCCUAUCCACCGAAGCGAUCAUCCCAACAGGGCAACCAACCUGGAUCGCAGUCAAAUAAACAGUCCCAACAGGGCAUGAACAAAACCGGAUCCAAGAUCAUCCGGCUUCAGCUGGAUGAAGAAGUCAAACUGAACGAAUGUGAAAAUGCAUGGCGCCCAAGGUACCUCCAACAGACUGAACCUUCCGACGAUAUCGAUCGGAAAACGGACGUUCUGUUCAAAAAGUUCCGAUCCGUGCUGAACAAACUGACACCGGACAAUUUCGAAAAGCUGGUCCACCAGGUGAAAUCCUUCGUGAUUGACACCGACGAACGGUUAGACGGAUGCAUAAAGUUGGUCUUUGAGAAGGCUAUCUCCGAACCAAGCUUUUCCGAAGCCUACGCCAAGAUGUGUAAGGAAGUGGGAACGAUAGCCAUCGUGGCUUCGACUGAGAAGCGAACGACUAGCUUCAAGAGCCGCCUUCUGGCCCAGUGUCAGGCGGAGUUUGAACGACGCCGUAACGACCAGGACAGUGCCAUCCGGGACGGUCGCAUCAAGCUGGAAGCUAACAAGAAUCUAGCAAAGGACGAAUUCGAAGAACUGAAGGCUCAGCUAGAGGAGGAAGAACAGAAAGUGCGGCGGAGAGCCGUCGGAACGGUUCGAUUCAUUGGAGAACUGUUCAAGCACGGCCAGCUGACUGCCAGCAUCAUGCACAGCUGUAUCAAGCUGCUCAUCGAAAAGGACCACAAAGACUACGACGAAGAGACGUUGGAAUGCCUGUGCAAGCUUCUGACGACGAUCGGCUCCAAGAUGGAGAAGGAAAACGAUCAAGACUUGGGCAAAUACUUCGAUAAGAUGGGCGAAAUUGUCCGGCAUAAGGAACAGUACCGAAUUAGUAGUAGGAUUCGGUUCAUGAUCCAAGAUGUAAUCGAUUUGCGACGGAAUGGUUGGAACCCACGACGGCAGGAUCUCAAUCCUAAAACGAUGAAUCAGAUCCAGAAGGAAGCCGAGACGGAGCAGUUCCAGAACACCAUGAGCUACCUUCCUCGGGGCGGUGACAUGGGCCGAGGAGGGCGUGGUAACAUGCAAGGUGGUUCCAAAAUGUCCGGUUCGAUGGGUUCCGGCGGGUACAGCCAGGGAUCGCUCGGACGGGGCGGUAAUCAGGGCUCAAUGAAGGGCGGUCGAUUGCAAACCGACGACGAUGGAUUCCAGCAAAUUCCGAACAACCGAAACAAUCGCUCGCAGUUGCAGAUUGAUCCCAAGAAGAUCAACAUUCCCAGCAAUCUAGACAUUACAGCCCGGCUCGGAUCGGCGGCUAGCUACCAGGGCUGGAAGAACAACAGCAACAUGUUUGCUGCACUGAACAACGAAGAAAACCAGGCUGCAGGCGGUGGCGCCGGCGGUGGAGGCGGUGGCGGUAUGAUGGAUCGCGAUGGCGAUCGAGAUCGACGAGAUCGGGAUCGUGGUGAUCGGGACCGAAAUCAACGUGAUCGGGACCGAGAUCGUGAUCGGGAACGUAGCGGUAGUCAUAAUAAGAAUUCUGGAAGCAGAGAUUCCUACCACAAGGGAUCGAUGGAACGGGACCGGUAUAACCGGUACGGCAGCAGUAACAGUCAAAACGAUGAUCGCAUGUCCCGUUCGUCGCGGGAACCAUCAUCGGGGGGCAUGAGACCAAUGAGUGGUCAGCACAGCAAUAACCAAAUGCAUGACCGCGAUCGGGACCGUGGCAAACUGUCGUCUCAGCAACAGCAGCAAUCAACGAUUCCUGGACGAGGAUCACAGCAGCGACAUAUUCCACAAUCCACAGCUCCUCUAGCGGGCAAAAUGGGUCCACCAUCUAGCAGUGGCAGUGCCCUUUCGAAAACCGGCUCUGGUCACCUCUACCAGCAGCAACAGUUGCCCCAGUUUGCUAUACCAAAGGAUGUUGCGGUCCGGCGGAACUUCCCGCUUCCCGACGAAGAAACCGAAAUCAGUCUGCAAAAGUUCUCCAAGACUGUGAACAGCGAAAUGGACCAAUCGGACAUCGAGGAAAGUUGCACAAUGCUCAAGGACCUCAACAUCAAACCCGAAUUCUACCACGCUGCCGUUAGUCAACUGUUUAUGGACAACGUCGAACGGGAUGGCAAGUCUCGCGAAAUGGUCGUCCUGGUCAUCGCACAGAUGUUGGAGAAGAAGGUCAUCGUAAAGGCCGACUACCUGCACGCCCUAGAGGAGAUGUUCAAGAUGGCCAACGAUCUAAUCAUCGAUAUACCUCAGCUGUACAAGUACGUUGCCACUUUCUACGUGAUGCUGCUGAACAAACGGUUCAUCAAUCUGGUCGACGUUCGGAAUGCUGCCCAGGACAUUCUGCCCCAUUAUGGUGCUACCAUGCUGAAGGAACUCCUGCUGCAGUACGAAGCCCUCUACGGUACGGAUGCCACCGUGAUGCUGUGGUACGAGUCGUCCCUCAAUCCGACCGAUUUCAUCAAACUGGGCAGCCCGGACAUGGCUGAACAAUACCUGACUGACGCCAAACUAGGCUACCUGCUCGAUUCCAGCAGCAAAGCCCUCGACAUGCAAACCGUCGGCACACAAAUCAAACAUUUCCUGAAAACGAACGCGAAGUUCAUGGACAUCUACAUCUGGAUUUCCGGCUACGUUGGCCUCGAGCGCGAAACCUCGGACGAGUUCAUCCGAACUCUCACGAAAGCGGUGAUUGAACACUGUAUAGAUGAUGGUAAGACGAAGCUGAACCUCCAAGAGAUCCAGAAGUGGCACCAAAUCCUCCAGAAGUACAUCGAUAGCAAGCCGGAGCGGGAACUGCAGGCGCUGUACGCGAUUCAGCGAUUAGUGGUGGAGCUGGAGCAUCCACAGAACCUGUUGCACUCCAUACUGGAGCAGCUGUACGAGUUAGAUGUGAUAAUGGAUGGAUUCCCUCUUUGGAAGGAUUCGACGGACCCGCUAGAGGCGGCCGGAAAGGGUGUGUGUUUGAAGGGAAUUACGCAGUUCAUGACGAUGUUCAUGGAGAAUUCGAGCGACGAGGAUAACUAAAUAC